AUGUCUGACCUCAAGGCAACCGUCUCUGAGACGCCCAAGGGCUUCCACGUCGAAGGCUACGAGAAGAUCUCCUACGACUUCUCCUUCGUCGAUGGGGUCUUCGACGUCCAUAACCCCGGCCUGGCCGAGUGUUACAAGCCGUGGGGUCGCGUUCUUGCCGUCACAGACAAGAACGUUUUCGGGCUCUACGGUGACAAGAUGGAGAGGUACUUCGCCCACUACGGCCUGACUCUGAAGGUCCACAAGACCUCCAUUGGAGAGAAGGCCAAGACUGUGGAUACUUGGUUGAGCAUUUGUGACUCGAUGACCGACUUCGGUAUCAUUCGAAAGGAACCCGUCCUUGUUGUUGGCGGUGGCCUUGUCACUGACGUCGCUGGCUUCGCAUGUGCCGCCUACCGUCGGAACACCAAUUUCAUUCGUGUCCCAACCACAGUCAUUGGUCUCAUUGACGCUAGUGUCAGCAUCAAGGUCGCCGUCAAUUAUGGCAACUACAAGAACAGACUGGGCGCCUACCAUGCCCCUAUUCAUACAUUCUUGGACUUCACCUUCCUGCGGUCACUUCCUAUCGCACAGGUGCGAAACGGUUUUGCAGAACUCAUUAAGAUCUCGUCAUGCUCCCACCUUCAGGUGUUUGACUUGCUGGACAAGUUCUGCGAGCAGCUGAUUGAGCACAAAUUUGGACGAGGAGACGGCUCCUCCGAGGAGCUCACCAAAGCUGCUGAUAUCAUCAACCGCGAGGGAAUUUACGAAAUGUUGAAGCUCGAGUCCCCUAACCUACACGAGAUCGGCCUCGACCGUGUGAUCGCGUACGGUCACACCUGGUCUCCUCUCCAUGAGCUCAUUCCCGAGACACCACUGCGACAUGGUCAUGCCAUCUCCAUUGACAUGGCCUACACCGCAACAUUAGCUCUACACCGCGGCUUGCUCAGCGCCGAGGAGCAUACGCGCCUGCUCACUCUAUUUUCACGCGCCGGGCUCAGCAUCGACCAUCCCCAGUUCGACGACCUUGUGAUCGACAAAGGCACAGCUGCCAUUCUCAAGACACGUGAUGGGAAGUUGCGUCUAGCUGUCCCUAACCCCCUGGGAAGCUGCACCUUCUUGAACGACGUGAGCCAGGACGAGCUGCUCCUUGCGCUCAAGAAGCACAAGGACUUCGCUAAGAGCUAUCCACGAGGGGGUGCUGGUAUUGAGGCCUUUGUCGACGGUAGCGAUACUGGAUACACAGAUCUGGCAUCUGAGAACCAGAGUGUCAUGGACACUGUGGCCGAGAAUGGUGAUGGCUUGAAGCAGAAGGUUGCCUCAAAGGUGGCUAAUGGCACCAAUGGGCACACCAAUGGGUACACUAAUGGACAAACCAAUGGACACACAAACGGACAUACGAACGGCCAUGCCAAUGGCAACGGAGUCAAGGAGGUUCAGAACUCUCAUGUUGAGAAGGUUGCAAAGACGAAUGGUGUUCAUUAG